UUCGUCAUUGACAGAUAUAAACACGCCUUUAUUACACCUUAUCAUCCAAACGCUUUCCUUUGAUACUUUCAUAUUUAAUGAAAUCUGUAGAUUGUUGAAUAUAGAAUGAUACUUCAUAGUGCUUAAGUGUUUUGUACUUUCAUUAACAGGAUUGUUUCCGUUUUCUUCAUCAAAGAAAGCUUAGAAGAUGGUACAUGUAUCAGUAUGUGUAUUUGUAAAUAAACCAUUCGAACAUGUGUAAGGUUCCAGUCUGGCGAUUACUUGAGAUCCUUUAUUUUCAGCUGAUGUUCAAGUGUAUUUGUACUGUAGAAAGAACAUGUAAUUCUCGUAUUGGAUCACAUAUACAGAAAGAAUUUGAAUAUUUUUCGUGUGCUUGGUGCUAUGAUUUUUUGUUCCAAACAACACACAAAACUUUAAUUGCAUCGGAAAUAGUUCAUUAUCUGUAUAAUCCAAUAGAAAACAGGAUAAUAUUACCUGAUAUCAAUAAUCAGACUGACGUAGAUAACGUAUGCUCAACUCUUGACAAGGAUGAAUGUCAAAGAUGGAAAACAUGUUGUCGUGCAGCUUCCGCAUGUUGCCAGAAGCAAUUAUCAAUUCCUUUGGGUGAUUUAAAUAACACAUGUGAUCGAACAUGGGAUGGAUGGAUAUGCUGGGACGACACAAAUCCAGGACAGCAAGUUUACCAGUCGUGUCCACUCUAUCUUACAUUUGCAGUGCCUUCCCGUCAAGCUGUUAAGACAUGCCUGUCAAACGCUACAUGGGAAAGAAGGGAAGGGUUUGAAUGGACCGAUUAUCAACCAUGUCUUUAUGUUGAUGAUCUGAAGACAUCUAUAUAUAUAGGAUUUGCGUGUAGUCUUGUCAGCAUUGCAGCUUUAUUUCCUGCCAUUGUUAUUUUUAUACGAUAUCAAGCACUCCGCAAACAACAUAGAAUUCGUCUACAUAUCAAUUUUUUCUUGUCACUAUUGCUCAAGGAAAGUGCCGUUGCAUUGUGGGAUAUGUUGGUGACAUAUGAACGCAUAACUAACAGCGACACUAGCAGCACUGUUCUGGCUCAGAAUGGAGCUGGAUGUAAAAUAUUGUCCUUUCUAAAAAUAUAUGCUAAAGGUGCCAGUUUCACUUGGAUGUUUUGUGAGGGUUAUUAUUUACACCGACUGAUGAGUGAUGCCUUCUCUCCACCUCGUUCACUAAUACCUAUAUUUGUUGCAGGAUGGGCCAUUCCUUUUGUGUCAACAUUAAUUUAUGCAGUUCUUCGGAUUGUGUAUGCAAAUGAAAGCUGUUGGUCAACCAGUUAUGGUCAUUUUGAGUGGAUCUUUGAUGCUCCUAAUCUUGCAUGCCUUCUUGUGAACUUAAUAUUUCUGUGCAAUAUAUUACGUAUUUUGCUGACACAGAUUCAGUCCCAUCCAAAUGAACCGAGUCACUUCAGAAGGGCAGUUAAAGCGACAUUUGUGUUGAUUCCACUGUUCGGGGUUCAGUUAUUUGUCACUAUAUAUAGAAUUCCUACAUCAUCCCCUGGUGGUCUGGAAUACGAGAGAUUUUCUAUUGUUACUAACAAUCUUCAGGGGUUCUUUGUAGCGUUGAUAUUUUGCUUCCUUAAUAAUGAGGUAAGCAGCCAUAUACAACUUCAAAGAUGUUUUAAUAAACUAGUGAUUUCAAAUAUUCGACGGUCAUGGCGCCGAAGGGUACGUGACAGAGGAGCAUCACAUUCCAGGAGAACAGACUUGACAUCAGUCAAUAUGUCCUUGACAUCUAGAACUGACGCAGACUUCCAUUGUGUUAAUAAACCUUUGUGUGACACUAAGAAUGAAAACGGAGGCAGCAGUCUUGAUAAAGGUGACAACAUGUUUUGUCCUUAUGACGAAAGUUCUAUGAAAAGAAAACAUAAUACUGACAUUUCAAACUUAUAACAGUUCGAUGUGAUGUGGAUCAUAUUUUGAUUUCUUCGGUUUUUUUUUUAUUAUAUUUGUCAUACUCCGUAUUUAUGACGAUGGAGAAGUCUUCUUUGUAAUAUAUACUGAGGAUCAUUGAUAUGUUUACAAUUAAAAACUUUUUUUAUAAGUGUA